AUGGCGACAAGGGUGGCGGUGGCGGUGGCGGUGGCGCUGCUGUUAACCACCGCCGCCACUUGCUCCAACGGGAACUGCAACGUGAAGGAAGAAUGCUCGAGCGAUAGAGACUGUGGAGCAGGACUGUACUGUUUCUCUUGCGAGGCAGGUUUUAUAGGCUCCAAAUGUGUUCGAUCAAAAGCCACCAAUCAAUUCAAGAUUGUGAAUAAUUCUGUAGCGUUCAAUAAGUUCGCCUUUUUAGCAACACACAAUUCUUUUGCAAUAGAAGGUGCGGCGUUUCGGACAGGAGUUCCAAGACUCGCCGUUGCAAAUCAAGAAGAUACCGUCACUCAGCAGCUAAAUAAUGGCGUUCGAGCCCUGAUGCUUGAUGUUUAUGAUUAUGAAGGAGACAUAUGGUUGUGCCAUUCUUUUGGCGGCACGUGCCGCGACUUCACCGCAUUUGAGCCAGCUAUCGAAACACUGAAGGAAAUCGAAGCAUUUCUGAGGGCAAAUCCAUCAGAAAUCGUGACAAUAAUCUUGGAAGACUACGUUGAGACACCAAAAGGAUUGAGCAAUGUGUUGAGAGCAGCAGGGCUCAUGAAAUACUUGUUGCCAUUGUCGAAAAUGCCCAAGAAUGGUCGAGAUUGGCCACUGGUUCGAGACAUGGUUGCUCGAAACCAGAGGCUGCUCGUCUUCACUUCAAAACAAUCCAAGGAGAAAACUGAAGGAAUUGCUUACCAAUGGAACUACAUGGUUGAAAACAAGUAUGGAGAUGAAGGGAUGAUGCCAAAAAGUUGUGCAAAUAGGGGAGAGUCAUCAGCUCUAAAUGACAAGAGUAAGUCUUUGAUUUUGAUGAAUCAUUUUGGAUCUCUUCCGAGGAAAGACAUGGCGUGUGUACAAAACUCAGAAGAUCUUCCUACCAUGCUUCAAACUUGUCACCAAGUCGCAGGUCAGCGAUGGCCAAAUUUUUUGGCCGUCGAUUUUUACAAGAGGAGUGAGGGAGGAGGAGCAAUUCAAGCUGUGGACAAAUUAAAUGGGGAGCUCUUAUGCCAUAGCCAGGAUGUGCAUCUAUGUGUAAGUACAAUUUUGCACUAGUCACUCAAUUAAUGUGUGUGUGUGUUUUUUUUUUGCUCGAGUAUAUAUUAAAUACAU